GAAUUCUUCACAAAGGCUGGAUCUUUGUUGGGUUGCAAGUGAAAAGGAGGGAAGAAGAUACAAAGGAUCAUCAAGAACAACCUCUUGGAAGCUAACAGUUUCAGAGAAAAUGGUGGUUGACAAGGAAGAUUUGGGCUUAAGUCUAAGUUUAAGUUUCCCUGAGAAAAGGGCCACAGCUACAAAUUCUAGUUCAAGUCCACUACAGCUGAAUCUCAUGCCUUCUGCUUCUCCAUCACCUUUUGGUCAUCUCCUUCAGCAAAAGAGUUCUUGGACCGAUACUCUUCCUCCAUCAGAUCGAAGCAUGGAUGCAUGCAGAGUGGAAACGAGGGCGUUUUUGAAAGGGAUUGAUGUCAAUAGGCUGCCUGCUGCCACAGCGGAUGCUGAGGAAGAGGCUGGAGUGUCUUCUCCAAACAGUACUAUUUCCAGUAUUAGUGGAAAAAGAAGUGAAAGAGAGGCUAAUGGAGAAGAUCAUGAGCUGGAGAGGGCUUCUUCUAGAGGGAUCAGUGAUGAAGAAGAUGGUGAUAAUUCCAGGAAGAAGCUCAGACUUUCUAAAGAUCAAUCCGCCGUCCUUGAAGAGAGCUUUAAAGAACAUAACACUCUGAAUCCUAAGCAAAAGCUGGCUUUGGCUAAGAGGCUAGGACUGAGGCCAAGGCAGGUGGAGGUGUGGUUUCAGAACAGGAGAGCAAGGACAAAGUUGAAGCAGACGGAAGUGGAUUGUGAGUACUUGAAGAGAUGUUGUGAAAGCUUGACGGUGGAAAAUAGGAGGCUACAGAAAGAAGUACAAGAACUUAGAGCCCUCAAAUUAUCACCGCAGUUUUACAUGCAAAUGACCCCUCCAACCACCCUCACCAUGUGUCCUUCCUGUGAGCGUGUUGGAGCCCCACCACCCUCCUCGUCCUCCUCCUCCACCGCCGUCCCGAUCUCGACACCCGUCGAUCCAAGACCCCGUGCCUUGGUUCCGGGCCAUCCUCGGCCUAUCCCGUUCAACCCAUGGGCCACCACUCCCAUCCAGCAUAGGCCGUUUGAUGCUUUACACACUAGAUCAUAGAUCAUGAGUAGCUCCCUCAAUGGUCCACAUAUUGGAAGGGCAGAUUUCAAGAGUUGGCAUUGGAUUCUGACUGUGUACCAUGGCUUUUUCCUAUAUUUGGAUGUGUGUCUAAUUGAGGUCCAAGAUACGGUGGUUGAAGUCGUGAUUUAGUGGGUCUGGCUGUGUUUUGUUGUUAUGGACCCCCUUCUUUUUUUUUCAUCUGACUAGCUAGAUUAGUCUAAGUUAGUACUCUACUAAUUCUUCCUUCACCAUUUUAAUAUAGUUGGUGAGAAGGGAGGACUGGAAAUGUAAAGUGUUUAUCAGAUUAUUCCCUAGCUUGUGUCUGGAAUGCUAAUUGAAAGUUAAAAUUGAUUAUUUAGAAACAACCAUUCGGCAGUUAGUAUCGAAGUAUAAUAAUGAACCUACUGUUUGUAGCAGCUUGCCUGGUUCUGGUUGUAUCUUAUCUGGUCUUAGUGAAAUUAUUUACCGUCAAAUUUGUUUAUUAGAA